AUGGCGGGUGCCAAGGCGAACUACAAUUCCCACGAAGCAAUUCGAGUGAGGGCGGAAGUACACUUUGUUUCCCCAAACUCCCACGAUUUCCCACGGAAAAAAGCAGGCCGCCAUUGUUCCCGUCCUAGGGAGCUCCGCCCCUGGUGGGGGGCCGGACGCGAGCGAGAUUCGGCAGGAAGUGACGACACGAUCUCAUCAUUAAAUAAGACGCGCGAGCGGCGUUCUCCCUCUUGUUCUUUACGCCAUCUUGUUGACUUCCACUGCGCCAUGAGGGCCAAGUGGAGGAAGAAGCGAAUGCGUAGGCUGAAACGCAAGAGGAGAAAGAUGAGGCAGAGGUCCAAGUAAUCAGACUGCUGAUCACCGGCCACAGGAGCAGAAAUGGAAUGACCGUUGGUGACAUUUUCAGGAAGGCAGGAAUCUUCGAGAGCCAUCACCACCCCAAGGAGGACUGCCGAUACCAUCUGAUAGAGGGCUCAACACCAUCAUCGAUGAGCCGCCUCCAGGACCGAAGGACGAGCCACUUUUUUCAUGCGAAUUCCACCCGCCUGCCUUUUGAUUGGGUGCCACGGGACUCUGGUCUUUCCGGACUGCUUUGUUUUGUGGCUGAGUGUAUAGCACCUGUAUAAUAAAUCCUCAGUACUUUCUUGGUCGAAAACAA